AUGAUUUUUACAUUAGAUUUAAAGUCAAAUCAAAUAUCAAGCAUACAUGCUAAUGCAUUUGACGACAUGCCGGACCUAUUUAAUAUUGAACUAGCUGACAACUAUAUACAAAUAUGGAAUCCAGAGUGGUUUAAAAACACCCCCUCACUAAUAAUAAUUUCAAUGCCAAAUAACAGAAUAGAAGAACUACCAGCUAAUGCUUUUAAAAAUAUGAAAGGAAUAAAAAAGUAUGGAAACCUUGAUAUAGCAAUUAACUUUGUUUUCAGCCACAAUCAAAUCAAAAACAUAAAUCUCAAAGCUUUUUCAGGUUUAGAAAAAAUUGACAACUUGUGGCUUGACAAUAAUUUACUUCAAGAAUUUCAUGAAGAUUUAUUAAAUGGCAUUGCAAUCGAUGUUUUAAGAUUGGACAAUAAUAACAUAAAAUAUUUCGAUGGUAAUCUUGACAAAACUUUAAAAGCUAAUGCAAACCACAUUGAUUAUAAUCCAUUUGAUUGUGAAUACUUACAACAGAUUAAAGAAUGGUCAAAAAGGGAGAAAAUGGUCGAUAUUUUUAAUGUUGAAAUGAAUUGUUCAGAUCAGAAAUUUCAAAAUACAGUGACUGCUUUGGACAAAAGAUUAAAGGCAUUAACAAAGAAGGUCACAUACAACACCGACGAAAGUAACAUUGAAGAUCUCGAAAUUUUUGAACCCAAAACAGUUUCUAUAAAGUAA